GGAUCCUGCACUAGGUGCACGGUAGCUGAGCAGAUGAAGCUUCCAUGUCGGCACAUCCAAGCUGUCACAUAUUGGCGCUCGCAGCAAAUUGAUAGUAGCCUGCCCAGAUACGACGUAAAGGUAUUUUUUCACGAUGCGUACUCGAUUCCAAAGAUGCACGCAGCUUUUCAGUCGAUAUGCAUUCGCUUG